AUGCUCAAAGCAAGUGUCAAGAGGCAGAAAGAUGAAAUCCUUGCCUGCUUGGCCAAGAAUCAGCCUGUCUCAGACGUCGACAAUCAUUUCAUUGAUCAGGAAGCAAAUCUUGUCAAUGAAGAUGUCCUUCUCAGCAAACUCGAGGCUGCCCCAGAUUAUGACAAGGCAUUUGAUGCAUUGGAUGAGAAGGAGAAGCUGGAAGGAUUGACAAACGGGGCCCUGAAGAUGUUGACUAAGCAAAAGUGCACUGAGAAGCAAAAGCUGCCCCAAAACAAAGCUGUUGCCGCAUCUGAGCCUGCUCUGGUGUUCACAAAGAAGGAAAAUGCAACACUGUCUCAAAAGAUACAGACCCUCAAUUGGCAUUACACUGAAAUACUGAGGGUGCACUCACAGUGUGUGGAAGAUGUGAGGGCUUUGGGGUGGACAGAGCACCAGUAUCACAACUCUCAAUAG